UCAAAAAAAGUAAAGGGCCCAAACCUUAGGUUAUGCCAAACCCGAAAAAUCCCGGGACACAGACGGGCCUUUGCGAAACAGCAGGUUUUUUGUGAGUUGUCUUGAACUCUUUCAAAACCCUAUCGCGCUUCAUACUUGAAGAAAGUAGCAGAAAUGGCGCCAAGACAUGGCCGAAAAAUCCGACUGUUCUCUUCAUUUGGCCGCUCCAUUAACAAUCGCAAUAACUUACAGAGGCUCCGCCAAAUUAACCCAAAUUCCACUGCCUUUAAAUCCAAAGGUGGGGCAUCUAUCGAUCAAGCUUCUUUGAGGAGACCAAGUGGGUCUGAAUCUACUAGCUCUAGUGAUGAUGAUCAAGAGGAAAAUACUGUUAUCAAUGUGGAUUUGGAAUUCUUCGACCCCAAACCAGAUGAUUUUCAUGGACUGAAAAUGUUACUAAAUAACUACCUUGAUGUUAAGGUGUGGGAUUUGAGUGGAUUUGUAGACUUGAUUCUGGGACAGACGACAGUUGGGACAGUAGUUAAGCCGGGUGAUGAUGGUGCCCCAUUUGGUGUCAUUUCAGCUAUCAAUCUAGAGCGUUAUAAGGAUCACCGCUGCAUUGUGGAUCUUAAAAGCUUUCUUCUUGAUGUAUGCCAUGAGAAAUCGAUAAGCAAUCAACUGAAAAUCUUAUUGGGAGAGCAAGCACAGGGUGUGGGUCUCCUGGUCUCUCAGCGUGUUGUGAAUCUUCCUCUCGAGAUUUUACCUCCCCUAUAUGAUGCCCUCUUUGACGAAGUUUCAUGGGCGACUGAAGACGAGCCCACACAGGAGCAAAGGGAUUCUUUCCAGUUUAAAUAUUAUCUAAUAAUCACAAGAAUCUACCAGAUAAGUCAUGGUGGAAAACCUAAAGGUAAAGGUGCAUUAGGAGAAAAUGAUGCUGAACCAAUAUUAUAUAAUCAUCUGGAAGAUGAGAUUUUUAAUAAGUUGUGCUCGUGGUCCUUUACCUUUCAACUGCAUGAUCAACAGACGGUUACUCAUGAGCUGAGAAAUUAUAGACAAAUGGGUCUGGUUAUGGUGGUGAAAGCAGACAAACAAACUGUGGAUAAAUUCAGAGAUGAUUUGAAGACCUUCAUAAGUGAUUCUUAACAGGACAUUCUCACCUCUUUUUGGUUUCCGGUCAUUAUCUCUCAUACAGCAAAUCCGGAUUUUUCCUGUUUUCGGGUCUAUUUAUUAUGAAUGUGAUUCAUAAAAGAAAUUUUGGUGUAAUUUUAAUGAGAACUUGAAUUUAUUUGUAUUUCUGGCUCGUUUACCUCUC